AAUCAAAAAUUAAAUCAAAUAUGCCAUGUGAUUGUUGUGAAUUUUAAUUUUUUUCAAUUGUUUGAAAAUAAAUAAGAGAAUCAUGAAUAGAUUUUGUAUUCAAUUGAAAAAUUCUAUUGCUCACAUCAAUUCAACUUUGGUGAAAGAUCCAAAAAUUUUAUCCGGAUCUCCGAUCAUCUUAUAUAAUCCAAGUCGGCAAAAAUGUCAAGCUGGACGUUAUAAGGUUACAUUGAAACGUAACCGUCCUUUAACCUAUGAACAAGCAAAUAAACCUAGCUAUAUUGGUGUUCGGAAAGGUUGGAAUUCAUGGAAUACUAGUUCUUUGCCUGGCGUAUCAUUGACAAGCGAAGUUAGCAUUGAUGAUGCUUUCAUAAGAAAAUUUAUAGCUGGUACAUGGCAUCGCUUAUUUCUAAGCGAAGUGAUAAUCAAACGUCGCGGUAAUAUGAUUCAUAUUGGCGGUAUUGUUAAUCAGGCCAUUCCAGUGCGAAAAUAUUAUUGGCUCAUCGGUUACACGGAAGAGUUAUUGUCUCAUCUAUUAAAAUGUCCGGUCAAGAUUGAUGUUCAAACAACAGCCGAUCGUAAUGCCCUUAUUUAUAAAUACAUUUAGAUUUCAGAUUUUUGUGUAAAUAAAAUCAUAGAUCAAUUAAUAAAAUCUCAAUUUAUUCUUUAA